CCCGCAGCCGCCCCGCCCUUGGCCUCGCCUUUCCUUGCUUCCUUCUCGAGCAGAGCAACAGAGCAGGUGAGGCAGUCAGCACGCUCAGCCACACCCACAGAGACGCGGCACGCCUCCACUCCUCCUCCGACUCCGAGGCCAGCACGCCGCACGCUCCGCCUCGCAGUCGCAGCCCCUAGCCUCUCGCGCGUGCUUCUUCUUCCUCCUCGCUCCGGGGGCUCGAUCUGGUAACUCUGGUGGGGGACAAUCAAGAACUGAACACUCGACACUGGCACAGAGCUCUGGCAGCAUGCGGUGGCUCGGUCUAUCUGUCGAUGUGUUCCGCAGGGGGAUCUCCUUGAACCUUUACUGCCGUGUGAUUCUGUAAAUCGUCUCCGUGGCUACCGGCUUUUCCUUCGCACGCCUCCUGAUUCAUGAGAGGCUUGUGAAGGCACUUUACAUCUUCCCCACCCAGUCAUUAAUUGGCGUCGCUGUUAGGCUGUUGUGGUUGUUUGGCCAAGGCUUUUGAGGAGAACGGGCUGGAGUACUGAUGGUGUGGAAAGCAGCCGCUCAGACGAGAUUCCGCGUGUUUAAGCAUGAGAACGGAAUCACAGUGAGGGCUAUUGCUUGCUUCCAGCCGCUGCAAAAUUGCCAGGCCGAGUACUUCCGCCAUCUCCUCAAGCCCGUGACGUAGCUCCCCUCUGCUCUCCACCUGCUGCUGAAUAAACUUACAGCCUUAGUUUUUUCUCCAUAGCAACUGAAGUGGGAGAACAUCCCAGUCGUUCAUCGGGACUUUCUGCUGGUAGUUCUGUCCGGUGGUUGUUUUAAUUUAUUCAUCAUGGGGGACAAGGUGAAUCCCUGGUGCCAUUGGCCUAAUCCUCAAUGGAAAUUCAACACUGAGAGUUCUGCCGGCAAUCUGCACCCACCUGAUGUCGGGCUUGCUAAUGCCGAUUCGGUGGCAUUGCCUGCAUACCACCUUAACGCAGCACCUAUGCCAUUUUUCGCAGCAUCGUCGAUUGCUGAGAGACCUCUUCCAAUGGGCCCGAGACACGUCACGACAUUGGCACCAAGUUUCGAAUCGCCUGCACCGUGUCCCUCGCGUAAGAGACCUUCAGUCCUCUACCAGAAGGAAACUCAUGGUCCCACCGCAGCUCCUUUGCGGAGGAGCAAGGGGCCACUGGAUCCUGUGCCGGAGCUCCAAGGUAGCAACGAGACCAACGUAACCGACGUUGGAGCAGAAGAAACCGAGGGUGUUCACGAGAACACAGACGAGAUCGAUGCCCUCCUGGACUCCUCCGACUCGGACGAAGGGCCGCACGAACUCGACAGGGCCAGGAGGCAGCCUGCUGCAGAGAACGAGACCUCGAGCGUCGAGUCGGUGGCCAGUGCCGCAGGUUCUGCGCCGCCGGCCAAGAAGAGGAGGCUCAGCUCUUGCACGGACAGGUCCGUCGUCGACACCGCCAGUUCGGCGAGGCCGGACCAUUCCGUCGAGCAGAAGCCUCUCGCGAGCGACUGCGACGCGCAGUCGUGCUGCGUCGGCGAGGUGGUGGAAAGCGGCCGCCUUAGGUUCUCUCCGGGGGAGGGGGAGGGGGAGGUGGAGGCAGCAGAAGGCGACAGCCCCGACGACCAGAGGCGGAGGAGAGAGAGGAUCCAAGAGACCGUGGCUGCGCUGAGAAACAUCGUCCCGGGGGGCACCGCCAAGGACGCCACGGCCGUUCUCGACGAAGCCAUCUGCUACCUGCAGUAUCUGAAGCUGAAGGUCAAGACGCUGGGAGCUGCCUCCCUCUAGCCUCCUGGACAGGGAGUCAUCUGGCUUUCUGCUGUUCUACAUAAGUAUGGAGUGCAGGCAGGCAUUGGGUAAUAAGGUGAAAGAUGCCGGAGACCAUAUCAGAAUUUGGCGGUGCUUCAGGACACGCACCACACCAGGGGUGAAAACAACGGGGAGAAGGGGGAAAAAAAGGUCCAAUGGUGCUUGCUUUGCUGCUUCCCCGCCCGUGUACCACCCCCACCACAAGGCUCUCGAACGAUGCUGUGGGCAACGACUGGCGUGCAGCAUUGCGAAGAGCGUCUUCAACCGAAGCGAGGCGGGUAUGUUUUCCGUCGUCCAUUUGUGGCGGAGCAACAUGGAGGCCAAAAGAUCCAUCCACCAGUCACCACCACCUAAUAUGCUGCUCUCCAGUGACAGUGAGCUGCUAGUGUAAGCACCAUCUUUCUGUCUGGGAGCAUGGAUCUUCCACCCUAAGAGCUGUCGGUGCCUGCCUGUAUCACUCGCCGUCCUCAAAAAGGCCCUCACGGCACGGGUUGGUGCAACGUAUGCGCUAUGCAAAGCUAGAAGACAUCUUUUGCUGACCGUGAUCCAAAGCAAAGAGCGGCACUGACCACCAAAGGCAAGGAAAGGGGGGGAGAUGGGCUGGAGCCUGGAGUCCAACAAAGUGCUGUGUGCCUGACGUGGAUGAGCUCAAACUCUGAGCCACACCAAUUGCGCGGGCGGGCGCCUUUCAUCAUCUCACGCUGCUUUGCUUUCUCUCAAAUCCCGCUGCAUGUGCCACCACACUAGCGUACAUACGUAUGUAUGCUUGUGUAAUCGCUUUGACACGCCUUUGUACGCGGUGUAAUCAUGUAUAGUCCUAGCUUUAGGACGGUUUCUCUGCUGGAUCCGGAUGAAUGAGCCUUGCUCGUCAAGUGUGCGUGCGUGCGUGCGUCUAUAGUCCUGUUCUGUUGGCAAUGAUUGUUUGGAGGCUGCAUCGUCGUCGUCCCGUUGUUGCCCCUCGACUAGAAGGGGAUUAAAUCCUCUUCUGGAUUGGUAUAACCGAAGCCGAAGAGUGCUGCUGCGGCGCUGCCACUGCCGGAUUGGGAACCGCUUUGGUCCCUGUAGGGAACGGAUGGCGGGAGGGAUUCCGAGUGGGGGCACGCGUGGGGAGCGGAGCGUGCAGCGACCGUCGCGGCGGAAUGAGUGGCGAGGCAGAUGGAGUGGAGCCGUCGAGGCCGCCUGCUUUCCUUCGGUUCGUUGCGCCGAGGUGAGGUGGGGCCGGCCCCAAUGCCAAAGCGGAAGAUGGAGAGGACUGCACUGCACAGGCAUCAUCGCACUCGCAUGCGCAUGCGACGGAACGGAGUGCGGGCCGUAGUAUCCGCCCCCCCUCAACUCCCUGUAGCAAAGCCUUUAUAGACGUGCAAACCAGGUCACCUGGCGGUGGUCAUACAUUGAAGGAGUCUUCGA